AAUGCAUUGCUUCACAAACUGCACGCGCGAACAAUGCACAUCGUCGUCAGUUAUUGUUGGAUAACAAGAAAUUUAAAACUUGUCGUCACAUAAGAUAAGAGCGGUUACUAAAAAAAUGAGGACUGAGACGCCUUUUACGUUUUGUUAACUGCUCAUAAUCAAAAACAUGUGUAGUACACAUGUCAGCGUUUUACGGAAGUACUAACUAGGGCUGCCCAGCCCUGCGUAACUACCCCCCUUCCCUAGGCUGGUUAGCUCGAUAGUUGAGCAGCACAUCAACGUAAACAAACGGAGCUGCAGCUAAAGAAGAGUAAUGACUACAAGCAACAACUCUUCAGUUCUUAAAGAUGUCGUUGCUUAUGUUGAUGUGUGGUCAUCUGAUAAAACAGCCAACUAUUCAAAACCAUUUGUUCAGCAGCUACAGGAAAUGGGAGCCCAGGUAUCUAAAACAUUUAAUAAACAUGUCACACAUGUUGUCUUCAACAAUGGUCAUCCAGCCACAUGGAGGAAAGCCAAGAAAAGUGGUGUGCGGCUUGUCUCUGUUCUCUGGGUAGGCAGGUGUCAUGAUGACGGUGAGCAUGUAGACGAGGAGUUAUAUCCAGCCUUAAAUGAUGAAAGCAAUCCUGUGCUGAAGAACAAGAAACAUCGGUGUAUGCAGCCAAAAGAUUCUCCUGAGAGGACACCUGAAAAUGACAGGCGCCUGAGGAAGAAAUUAGACAAGAUGAUGAAAGACUUGGCGCCAAAACAACCUCUGGUUGCAGAUGUCUCCCCCAUCAUUAUCGAUGAGGAGAAUGGAAUAGUCUAUAGCCCAGCAUUGAAAAGGUCAGAUUAUAUGGCUCAGCGUUUGAAAGACAUGAAAGACAAACGGGAAAACCUUUCACCGACAGCUUCACAAGUGUUUGACUCCGACUCACCCACGGGACUGCAGCCUUCUCUUGGGAGCACACCAACUGUCUUCAAAUUACUGUUUGACCAGCCGGCUGAUGACUCCAGCGUUUCUGCUGCUGAACCUGGUUACUCACCUGAUAAGGAAGAAGGGAGAACACACCAUGAUGUUACAGACCAUGACCAUCCUAAACCUGCCCUCAGAAAAGACUCUGUCAAGCCCUGGCACUCACCCUGCCACGAUGUCCCAAAACAGGUUUCAAGUGAACCUGACAGUCCUGACUUGAAAAUGAAAGAGGAUGAAGAAAGGAACAGAGAAAAAAAGUCAAGAAGGACCUCGGUCAGGAAGAAGUCAACAGGGAAACAAAAACUUGUAGGUGUUGUAAGUCCUCGCCCUGACAGGAGAUCUGACAACAGCAAGAAUAUUCAUGAAGAAAAAAGACGAUCACAGAUAAAUUCAACUACCUCAUCACCUGUUAAAUCUGAAAAAGAAAAGAGAAAAGCAGCUCAGUCCUUUACAGAAACUAAAUCUCAUAAUUACCCUGACACUGUGAAUCCUUCUAGUCGCCUUUCAGCAUCAACUGUGUUGGAUGAUGAUGCUUCAGGUGAAACGUCAAAACAAGCUGCUACUGCAGGAAAGAAAGCGAAACAGAAAACAUCCAAACCAGCCACAUCAGUAUUUUCUUCCUUGGUGUCCAGUGAAUCCAAGGGCAUCACCGUAGCUUCUACUGAUGGAGAUGAUGACGUGUUUGAGGACUAUUUCUCUCCAGCUAACCACCCCAAGAAAUCAAAAAGAUCUCUAUUUCCAAAACUGCCCAUGAACACUGACAUUCAGAUACCCUUUGAGCUGGGGCCUGUGCCUGCUAAGAAAAAACAAAGAAGAAGUGAAAGCAUUGCAUCUGAAGCUAAUGUUGAAAAGAAGAGGAAACUGGAAGAAGGUCAGAGUGGCAAACGCAUCAGUCUGCCGUCUGAUGCAAGCAGCGAGCCACAUAGCGAGAAACAACAGGAUGUUAGAGUCUGUCUGCCUGCUUUGGAUAGUCCAAGUACCAAAGUACCACUGGUAGCUAAAAGAAGAAGACAAAGCAUCUUGUCUUUUACAAGCACCGGUAAUGUUACGAGUGACACAAAGAAAAGGAGAAGCGCAUCAACAUCAGUGCAGCCAUUGUUAAAGGACGAUAACACAGUAUCAGAGCUGAAAAGCUCUGAUUUCAAUACCCACUCUCACACCUUGGAAAGUAGAGGAAAUGAAUGCACAGUUGCAGCUGGUUUCACUACGAUCCCCGAUGAAGCUGAGGAAAAUCACAAUCAGCAAGUGAGCUCGAGUCCCCAGAAAAUGGUUAACAACACGAAGGCUAUGAGGACAUUAGUCAUGACAAGCAUGCCCACUGAGAAGCAGCAAACCGUGCUUCAAGUGGUCAAAGCACUCGGGGGCUUUUCUGUUGUCGACCGGGUCUGCGAGAGCACAACUCACGUAGUGUCUGCGGGACACAAACGGACUCUCAAUAUUUUGCUGGGCAUAGCUCGCGGCUGCUGGAUCCUCUCGUUUGAAUGGAUUCUCUGGUGUUUGGAGCAAAGGCAGUGGAUUCCAGAGGAACCAUAUGAACUUUCAGACCAAUUUCCUGCUGCACAGAUCUGUCGUCUCCAGAGGCAUCUGUCUGCAGGGGAGCACCAGCAGGACCUGUUCCAAGGCCAGCCAGCCAUGUUCGUGUCUCAGCACUCCCAGCCGCCCACACAGAGCCUGGUGGAGCUGAUUGAGCUCUGUGGAGGAACAGUCUGCAAAACGGUGCGGCAGGCAGGUAUCUGCAUAGGGAAGUACAGCGGCAGGAGGCCGGAGGGCAGCAGGAUCCUCUCUGAGCAGUGGGUGCUAGAUUGUAUCACUCAUCUGAAGCGUCUGCCAUACGAUAACUACGACUUGGAGUGACAGAUGCUGAACAUUUUUUUUAUGCUGUGAAGUUUAAUUUUGUUAAUGAAUUGCCAGACAGUGCCUGAUCUCACAGGAUGCAUUCACUUGUACCAUACAGUGUUCUUCUCAUGGCAAGUUUCUCUUCUUGCUUUACCAAUGUGUUCAGACACUUUACAUAAACCCUCUCAAAUAUUCAAUAUUAUUCCGUUUUUCUGUCAUUCACCCUCUGGUUACCAUGGAAACCUCUCAGGAGUUUCAUAUUUUAAGCAAAGGUUUGUGUUGAACUUGAAAAAAAAAAUGCUUUUAUAAAGUGUAUGUCAACUAGUGUAUGUCAACCAUUGUUUUAUGUGCAUUUGUUUUCAUUAUGUAGCAAUCACUACUGUGUUCACAACUGUUUUUUCAUGAGAAGACUGUCAUUUUAGAAAAAUGUGAUGUAAAAAAAAAAACAGACUUACUUAGCCAGCAGAAUAACCAGUUUGUUUUCAUUUGUGUACCCUCUUUAGAGAUGUGUUUUUUUGUUGUUUGUUUUUUUUUUAUGUCAUUAUUAAUAAAAACAAUCAAGUAUU